AUGGCAUCAUCAAAGGUCGAUUCGGAGACCAUCUCUAAGAUUACGGAGCGAGAGGCAACGCUUAGUGGUUCGAAUCAGCCGAUCCCGGGAGGUCCUACCGCCCAGGCUCAGAAGCACGCUGGGGAGCCGCUCAGUGGUGAAGUGGUGUCGGACAUCACACAAGGAGAGAAGACCAUUACUGGAAGAGAUGGUGCCAUCAAAGGAGGCCCCUCUGCCUACGUUCAGUCUGAACUGACUCAGAAUGGCCCGGGCCGAACUGGCAGCGGUGCGGGAGCUUCUAAUCAAGCCAAUUCACCUGCCACUGGCAAGCUGGACUCACAAACCAUUUCGAAGAUCACGGAUGCAGAGAAACAGAUCACCGGAAGUGACGAGCCCGUCAAGGGCGGCCCCACGGCUCAAGCUCAGAAGCACACUGGAGAGCCGAUUGGCUCCGAGAAUCUGCACGACAUCACUGAGGGCGAGAAGGAGAUUACUGGCGGCGAGCGUGUAAAGGGCGGACCGACCUCCACUGCUCAGAGCGAGCUGGGCAAGGCCCGGAAUGACUAG